AUGGCAACUCCCGUGGAUGCCAAGCUGCUCAAGCAGACUAAGUUUCCCCCGGAAUUCAACCAGAAGGUAGACAUGAAGAAGCUCCACAUUGAGGUCAUGAAGAAGUGGAUUUCCGAGCGAAUCUCAGAGAUCUUGGGUCAUGAGGAUGACAUCGUCGUUGAGCUUUGUUUCAACCUACUGGAGGGAUCACAAUACCCCGAUAUCAAGUCCCUCCAAAUCCAACUCACUGGAUUCCUCGACAAAGACACCCCCGCGUUCUGCAAAGAACUCUGGGCACUUUGUCUCGAUGGCCAAGCAAAUCCCCAGGGCAUCCCCAAAAAAUUGUUGGAGGAAAAGAAAGAGGCCCUUAAAAAGGAGCAAAAGAGCGAAAGCGAGACGAGGAAAUGGAAGAACUGCGACGUCGAGAGCGUGCAAAUCGUCCUACGCCCGGCCGCCAUCGCGACUUCGGUCGACGAGAGCCGCGAUCUCCGCCCCGAUACCGAGAUCGAAGCAGAGACCGAUAUCGUGAGCCCCCAUCUCGUCGUGAGUACGAUCGUUACGCGCCAUCCGGCAAUGACAGAGGUCGCAGACCAGCCCGCUCCUCCGAUUCUCGCUCCCCUCCUCCCCGACACUCUUCUCGGUCCCCUUCGCCGCCGCCUCGCCGCCGCCGCCGAAGCUACAGCAGAUCUAGAUCGCCGCAUCGCCGAGAUCGCAAGGAAAGAGGACGGCGCAGCCCGCACUACGGUGAUCGAUACAGUUUGA